AUGAAGUUCUGGGACGAGUACCUGAAGCGCAAGGAAGCUCUGUUCCGUCGGCAACACAAAACGCCUCUUGAUCUUCUCGAAUCGGCACACCAUCGGUUGGUGAAAGCGUUCUACUUCUGUGGCGCCGAACGUAUUUUGGCCAACUACACCCGCCGUAACGCUCGAUUGAUCUUUCUCGUCGUGGAUCUGAUCCUGUAUUUGGCCGUCAACUGCUACUCGAUCGCCGUCGUUUGGGGCUCGAUGAUGGAUGUGGUGUUCAACUUCGUAACCCUCGGUAUUGCGAUCCAGGGAUUCGCCAAGAUCGCUGCCUUCACGAGUGAUGGGCUGUGGGUGCUGCACUGUUACAACAUUGACCGCUUCAAGGCCGCGCCCCGGUAUCCGGAGGUGACGGAUUCGCUUUACCACACGGCCACACUGUGCAAGGUGUUUAUCGACAUACUGUCUGUCAUGUUCUCGAUGGUAGCCGUCAUCAUCUAUUCGUACGCGAUUAUGAUGCCAAUUCUGAAGGGCAAGCUGGAGCUGGCAUUCGGAUUUCAGCUCCCACUUCUCGAUCACACUACUGUGGCUGGGUUCUGCAUCAAUUGGGUGUUCCAAGCAGUUCAGGUAGCCGAAGGUGCAGUGGGACUCGCGGCAUGUGAUAUCUGUUUAGUGUUUCUCAUCGUCAACGCGACCGGCCAGAUGGAUCUGAUCAUAAUCUACCUGCGUCGCCUAACGGAGCUCAUCGAUACGGACAUUGGUGGCCAGAAUGCGGCCCAGAUUGCGGAUCUGGUGCAUGAGAUCGUCAUCAAACAUUUGGAGCACACAAAGCACAUCACCGAUAUGGACAUUUUGCUCAAAAAGCAAUUCUUUGUCAACUUUGGAUGCAUGAUCUUUGAGCUGGUGGCCUCGCUCGCCAUUAUUGUUAGGUAUCCCUGGUAUCCGGGAAUGGCAAUUACGCUCCUCUGCACCAUCCAGCUGUUCGUCAACUGCUCUUUGGGGACCUUCCUAUCAUUGAAGAACGACAAACUGGUGAACGAGAUCUACGCGGUCAAUUGGUACGGGCUAUCGAUAACGCAUCAAAAAACACUGAAGAAGGUUCUGCAGAAGGCCCAGCUGCCUGUUGUACUCUCCGAUGGGUUCAGCGCUAUCGAUUUAUUCAACUUUGUGCAAAUUUACAAAAAGAUCUACUCCUACUUGAUGGUACUGCAGAAUGUAAGCUAA